AUGUCGAAUCCCAAUGACUAUACCGUCGGAUGGAUCUGUGCUAUUGAGCCAGAAUAUCUUGCCGCGCAAAUCUGCCUUGACGAGAAACAUCCAAUGCUAAAUCACCAGCCUUCUAUCAAAGACACGAACACAUACACCCUCGGAAAGAUUUCCAACCAUAAUGUGGUUAUUGCCUGUCUGCCAGACGGCGCAAACGGCCUAUCAUCUGCAACAAAUGUCGCCACCAACAUGCUGCGAAGCUUUCCCAAUGUUACAAUUGGUCUCACGGUUGGCAUUGGUGGCGGGGCUCCAACUUCGGAAAAGGGUAUCAGACUUGGUGAUAUUGUAGUCAGCUCUCCAAGAGACGGAAAGGGUGGUGUCUUCCAGUACGACUUCGGCAAGAUGAUUCAGGAGCAAGACCUUCGGACUACUGGAUUUUUAAAUCGACCGCCAACAGCAUUACUUGCAGCAAUAAUGAGCCUCAAUGUUGACUAUCGACGAAAGCCUGGUACUCUUGAGGCGGCUAUCAAUCGUAUUCUUGAAAAGGAGGAAGAAGAGCUGAAGGAGAAACUCAGUCGGCCUGACGCGAGCGCCGACAUAUUAUAUAGAAGCAAUUUCGUCCAUCCUAAAGAUGAAGAUGCUCUAUGCUCCGAAAAUUGCGUCACAGACCCAUCAAACACUGUAUCGCGACCCGAACGCACAAAACGGCCACACAGCCCCGUGGUACACUACGGCCUCAUCGCUUCAGCAAAUCAGCUAAUGAUGGAUGCGUUGCGUCGAGAUGAGCUUGCAAAGAUGGGUGUCCUUUGCUUUGAGAUGGAAGCGGCGGGGUUAAUGAACGAUUUUCCAUGCUUAGUCGUUCGCGGUAUACGCGACUAUUCUGAUUCGCACAAAAACAACGACUGGCAAGGCUAUGCAGCUUUGGCGGCGGCUGUAUAUACAAAGGAUCUGCUCUCUCGCAUCCCCCCAGCGGCUGUGGAGAAUGAGAAAAAAAUUGUCGAUGUCAUCUCUGGCAUUAAAGAAGAUAUCAAUCAACUUGUCCACUGGAAGGAAGAAGAAAAAAACAAAACCACUUCCGACCAGCUAACAUGCAUCGACUAUAUAUCAGAGCAAGAAGACAUCUUUAACACACGACAAGACGGGACUGGACGGUGGCUUCUAGAUGCUCCCGAGGUUCACAUCCGAUAA